AUGUCCAAAGCAGGAAUUAUGUGGGAAAAGUCGUCUGGAUUUCUGAUGAGAGCUUGUCACCUACUGGAUCCUGGAACCAGCUCACUCUUCUCAUCUCCAUUGCUUCUGGCAGCUUCCACUAGCAUUCAUAGCACCUUCCCUCUGCUGAUCCUCAUUGCACAGUUUUCAUCAGAUUGGAGAUGGAAACCUGGAAGCAAAGUGAAGUUAAAUGGCUUCCUAGCCCAUGAGUCUGACACUGACUCCGACUGGUAUGAUUCAGUUGGUGCUAUGGUCCAGGUGGAAGGAAACCACAUCCUGGAGGGCGAUGAGCAGCAGGAAGAGAGUGAGUCUGACUCCGACUGGAAGGAGGUUGGGGAGAGGACUGAUGCCAGUCCGGUGUCUCACAGGGUGGUGGAAACACAUGGCCGUGCCAUGAGCAUCCUUCUCAGCUUCUGCACCAGUUUCAUCUGAAACACCUACAUAGUCCUCACUUGGAACAAGAUGAAAAGUGGCCUUGGUGCUAGCUCCUCUUCUGAUUAACCACAUACCAGAAUACAGCAGAACAGAAGGCAAGGUCAAGUGAUAAAGGACCAAAGUCAGGUGCCAGAAGCAGGUGACAUCUAG